GUGAUGCCCACACCCUCUGCCCGGAGGUACUGCUUGGGCAGUUGUCAAGUGGUAGAGGAAUGCCAGCAAAGACAAGCUUGGACACAGAAGGCCAUGCAGAGUGGAGUCCCAGCUGGAUUCUGACCACGCACCCGGGUGCCACCUUGAACGUUUCCCUCUCAGCGACUCGGUUGCCUCAUCUGUAAAGUAAUAAGGAGACUGUGAAGUGCCAGUGCCGCUGACCAUGUCUGACGGUGCAGACAGUGAGGAGAAGCCCCCAGCCCCUCCGCUGAGAAUGAACAGUAACAACCGUGACCCCUCUGCCCUCAACCACUCCUCCAAGCCCCUGCCCGUGGCUCCAGAGGAGAAGAACAAGAAAGCCCGCCUCCGCUCCAUCUUCCCUGGAGGAGGGGACAAAACCAACAAGAAGAAAGAAAAGGAAAGGCCAGAGAUCUCGCUUCCUUCUGACUUUGAGCAUACGAUCCACGUGGGGUUUGACGCGGUCACUGGGGAAUUCACUAUGGGGAGACCGAGCACUGAGCCCAGGGCCCUGCACAUAGGAAUCCCUGAGCAGUGGGCAAGGCUUCUUCAGACGUCCAACAUCACGAAGCUGGAGCAGAAGAGAAACCCACAGGCCGUGCUGGAUGUCCUCAAGUUCUAUGACUCCAAGGAAACUGUUAACAACCAGAAAUACAUGAGCUUUACUUCUGGAGAUAGAAGUGCUCAUGGAUACUUAGCAGCCCACCCUUCGCAGACUUUGAUUCCAAGACCAGCUUCCCUCUGUUACCUGGAUACCUCAGCUGCCGAGGGAGUGAAGGCUCAGAGUACCAAAACAGCUUCAGAACCUCCCUUGGCUCCCCCGGUGUCUGAAGAAGAAGAUGAAGAUGAGGAAGAGGAGGAAGAGGAGGAGAAUGAGCCCCCACCAGUAAUUGCGCCACGCCCUGAGCACACAAAAUCUAUUUACACGCGCUCCGUGAUGGAUGCUGCCCUGCCAGUGGCUCCCCCCAAGGAGGCGUCUGCCCCCACGGCAGAGAACUCUCCCUCCAACACUCUGUAUCGCAAUGCCGACCGGCAGAGAAAGAAGUCCAAGAUGACCGAUGAGGAGAUCCUGGAAAAGCUGAAUGAGGAAACUGAGUCUCAGAGAGGAAGCAUCGUGAGCAUUGGGGAUCCCAAGAAGAAAUACACGCGAUUUGAAAAAAUUGGCCAAGGGGCAUCAGGUACUGUCUAUACUGCAUUGGAUAUCGCCACAGGACAAGAGGUGGCCAUAAAGCAGAUGAACCUGCAGCAGCAGCCCAAGAAGGAAUUAAUUAUUAACGAGAUUCUGGUCAUGAGGGAAAAUAAGAACCCCAACAUUGUGAAUUAUUUAGACAGCUACUUAGUGGGCGAUGAGCUGUGGGUGGUGAUGGAGUACCUGGCUGGGGGUUCUCUCACUGAUGUCGUCACGGAGACUUGUAUGGAUGAAGGCCAGAUAGCAGCUGUCUGCAGAGAGUGUCUCCAGGCUUUGGAUUUCUUGCAUUCAAACCAAGUCAUCCACAGAGACAUUAAGAGUGACAACAUUCUUCUCGGGAUGGAUGGCUCAGUCAAACUGACCGACUUUGGGUUUUGUGCCCAGAUCACCCCUGAACAAAGCAAAAGGAGUACCAUGGUGGGGACCCCCUACUGGAUGGCCCCUGAAGUAGUGACAAGGAAGGCCUAUGGCCCUAAAGUAGAUAUCUGGUCCCUUGGGAUCAUGGCCAUAGAAAUGGUGGAGGGCGAACCCCCAUACCUGAAUGAAAAUCCACUCCGGGCCUUGUACCUCAUUGCAACUAAUGGCACCCCGGAGCUCCAGAAUCCUGAGAGACUUUCUCCUGUGUUCCGAGAUUUCUUAAACCGCUGCCUGGAGAUGGAUGUGGACCGGCGAGGGUCUGCCAAGGAGCUUUUGCAGCAUCCAUUUUUAAAACUAGCCAAGCCUCUCUCCAGCCUGACUCCUCUGAUCCUUGCCGCGAAAGAAGCGAUUAAGAACAGCAGCCGCUAGUGAGGAGAGGGAGGGCCUUCACCCGCCCUGGCCCUGGCGCGUGUAGAGCCGGACCCCUCCAAGACUCUGUAGGACCUCCUUUUCUGUGCUGCAGCACAGACAGACAGACAGACAGACAGACAGACAAACCUAAUUUGGAUGUCCCCAGUGUAAGGGGCAUAAGGCCCGGGGGCUGAGCCUUUUCCCCCCACUCCCUCCUAUCAUAUACCUUUGCCAGCUGGAGCCAGCUCAGGGCUGCAUGGGCCUUGUGAGCAGCGGGGCUACAGGGGGAAGCAUCUCCUGGCUGUUUCUACCAGCUGCCCCACUAGCCAGGAGCAGCUCUCCACCGUGGGCUGGCUGCCCGUGCACUUCCUUAUCGAAUGCCUGGCUUCUUGCUUUUCCCAGUGUCUGGUCUGCUUUGGCAUUAGAGAAGGAAGAAAGGGCCCCUUUGGCCCUCUGAUGGCUCCUGCCCAUCUGCCCACCUGGCUCCCGUUCCCACGUUCAGUUUGCCUGCAGUAGGAUGGACAGAAAGUAAUGGCAGAAUGAGUGUGUUGUGAAUGAGACCUCAUGUGUGACCUCAGCUCUUGAACCCUGCUUCCCUCGCCCCUCCCCUCUGAGUUUGGGGCCUCCUGCCUUGGGCCAGCUUGCUUUGUCUCACUCGCAGUCUGCAUUUGCCUUGGCAAAGUUAGCUUGGCACAUUUAUUUUACUUUUUAAAGGCAAAAGAUAAGUAAGUGUGUUGAGGAAGGCCUGCUUUGGGGGUUGCACUUUCUCCCUGCUGCCCCCAUGGCCUCCCAUGUUCCCAGAGGCCUAGAGAAGGUUGCAGAGAUUCACAUGGCAAAACCUGUCACUGCUGGGCCCAGCCCUGAAUUGGCAAUCCCGGGGGCUGCCUGAAAGAUCUCCAUGCUACCUCUUGACUCCCUCCAUAUGUGGUGGCACUUAGGGACCUAGCCUCUCCCCGCCCCCCUGAUGGGGCUGAAUUGUUUUUAUUCUGAUAAUAACUGUGCAAGGCAAUGACUUGUGAAUUUUUUUUUUAAAUAAUAAAAAGAUCUGGUGAGGAGAGACCUGGUUAGCACUCACUUGCCUAGUGAGCUGGGGCAGGAUCUUUGCUGCUGGCUUUGUGUCCCUUUAAGAACUGGACAUGGAUGUGGGUGCUGCCCCUCCUCCGGGUUCUCCCCAGACAGGUGUCAGGUUAGGGCAUUUGUCAUGUUCACCGUUUAGCAACUUUGAAUUCUAAGAGCCUGCCCACAUGCCUUAGUGGGAAUCUCUCCUCUUCAGCAGAGCUCCCCAAACAAUUUGACCUGAGAACCCCACUGAGGCAUGAGUGGCACUCUUUCCUGGUCUCUUCCCAAAGACUCAGCUGCUGGCACCUUUUGGUUUCCUGGAAGGAAGGGAUGGAGAGAGUGAAGGAAGGAGGAAGAAUGGGAGAGAAAAGAAAGGACUUGCUUGUUUUUUGAGCUUACUGGCAUCUUGAAAAGAUUUGGAUAGUUGGAUUUCUGUGCCCUUGAAAAACCCAUGGUUUCUGUUGAAGAAGGCUCAAGAUUCGUAGCAUGUCAGGCAUUGUAAUAAAAUGUGUGUGAAUUCAGGAUAGGAAGUAAAAGGGUAAAUGAGGGCUGCUUGGCCUGGGGACUCCUUCCUGUCAUGAUGAAGGCCUAGUCACCUAGCCAUCUACCCAUCCAUUCACCCAUCAAUCCAUCCUUCCACCUACCCAUCUACCCAUUCGUCUAUCCCUCAUCCAUCUGUCCACCCUUCCAUCCACUCACAGAAUCACAGCCUCAAAGUAGACCUUAGUGGUCAUUUAGCCCAACCCAUACCCAAAAGAAAUCCCCACUGUAAAUACCUGACAUGUAGUAUAUCUUCCAUUAACAAUCCAAGCAAGCAUUUAUUAAAUGCCUACUGUGUGCAAGGCACUGUGCUAGGCAGUGGGGAUACAAAGACAAAAAAAAAUCCAUCUCUCUAUUUGUCCAUCCAACCAUGAAUCUACUCACUCAUCCAUCCAGCUAUCCACCCAUUUGUUCACCUGUCACUCACCUACCUUGUCAUCCAUCCAUCCAUCCAUCCAGAAGUCCAUUCAUCCAUGAUCCACCCAGACACCUACCCACUCAUUCCCUUUCCAAUUCUCUCUUCCAAAACUCUCAUUUCUUUUCCAAUUUUUCCUCAUUCCAUUUAUAAAAAUAUAUAUUUUAAAGCCUCUGCAGGAAUCCUAGUUUGUGCCCAAGCUGUGUUUUCCUCUGAGCCUUUACCUGUAUACGUUUUGGAAUCACUCUCCUCUUCUGCAUUUAUGUCUUGAGCAUUCCUGCCACCAUAAUAGCUCAUUAUGGUGGGAUUCUUUUUUUGUUUGCCCAUUCUUCCAGCUUUCUUCCUGACUUGGACGUGCAGUACUUUUACCCAUUCAUCCACCUAUCCAAUCUCCCGUUCACUCAUUUGUCUGUCCAUCCUACCCAUCCAUUCAUCUUUUCAUUCAUCUGUCACAUCUAUUCUCCAUUCGUAUGAACAUUCACCCAUCCCUCUACUAAUCCAUCCGAUAUCUUUCUACCCACCCAUCUAUCUUCCCAUUGACCCAUUCACUCAUCUGUUCAUUGAUCUGCCCACCCAUCCAUCUUGUCAUCUCUGACUGACCCUUCAUCCAACAUCCUUCUACCCACACACUCAGCCAUCCCCUGAAACGAAAGCAUGGUCUGUGGGGAGUUUAGGCUAAGCCCAUAGUGGCAGAUGUCCCAUUGGGGAGGUGAUUCUGGUUCCCUAAUUUCCCAUGUGGAUAUAAAAUUUGAGGGACUUUGACCUCCUAGGAAACACACAAGGGAGAGAAGCAACAGAUGAAGCCAGGAAAGUGUGUGGUCCUAUCCUGUGUGUAUACUAGGCCCUGGGGGAUAGGGUGGCUGGGCCAGGGAGAUUCCAGGCAGCUGCUUGAGCUAAUGAGAGGCCUUAAUUUUGAUUUCAGUUGAAAAUCUCUGUUUGUAUUUCUCAGUGAUAGAUGUCAGUGAUUUCCAUAGAUGUAUAAGAUGCUGUUGGGUUGCAGUGGAGAGAUGGGUGUGCUAUCCUUGGUGGGUAAGGGCGAACCUUGACCUGGGCUGACCAGAAAGAACAACUCAUGUCCUUUGUGUGCCUUCAGGGCCUUUCCUUGGAGACUCGGAAGCAGUGAUCCUUGAGGUCAUUGCCUGGAGAGAAAUGGCUGUUCUUCUAGGUUCUCCAAGGUCCUUUCUGACUACUGCUGGCCAUAGAGGCCAAUGGUAGUAACCCAUGUCUCUAGGAAUGCUGUCCCAGCAGACAAAUGGAUGUGGGUGCAUAUAGAGAUAUUCUGAUACUCAUCCGUUUUCUCUGACCCAUCCUUCCAUGACUUUGGACAGCUACUUAUGUUUUUAAGAAGUAUUACUGAUAAGCUGUUUCUCUUGCCAAAAUUCUGCUGAAGGACUAGCUCCUGACAUGUUUAAACAUCCCUUCCUCCAUAUGGCAAAGACCUUUUCCCCCUUUCCCCACCUAUUUCUGUAGUUCCUUAACCCCCUGGCACAUCUGCCUGGCUCUUUCCUGUGACUCAGCCUGGGGGCAGCAGCAGGAGGGUCGGAGAGGGCUGAGAAGCAUUAUAGAGAUGACCUUGGUGUUUCCCUGUGAAUGAGUGAGUUGGUGCUUCUGUGCUGUACUCCCAGGUCGGUGGGCCCUGCCCGGCUGUCCUUGUCAGUCCCUGUGUGUCUGUGCUCUUUCAUUGGCCGCUGACUGGCCGGAUACGAAGACUCGAGUCAAACACUUCUUCUUGGAUCGUCUGAUUCCGAUUUCUUUCUGGUGAACUGAUUCUACGUUCCCGUUUGGUCUUCGCACUCAUCCUUCUCUGACAGGGAUGAGCUUCUUGUUGCCGAGUUUCCGGAGAACUGGAGAGCAUCAUGUGCUGCAGAAGGUUCUCCUAAUCUGAUCAGCCUGUACCAAGCCAAUUUCUUUGUCUGUCAGGCUCUUUAUUCUGAUUGAGUUGGGGAGGCAGAGAACAUUAGAGAUAGAGGGGAUCAUAGAGCUCAUCUAGUUCACCCCCCACCAUUUUACAAAGGAGGAAACUGAGGCCCAGAGAGGUUAAUUAUGUUGUGCAAGGAUAUUACAAGUUGGUGGCAGAGUCAGAGAUUUGAACCCGGGCCUUCUGACCCCAAGUCCAGGGCUCUACCACACUGUGCUGCCUAGCAGGUGGCACUGAAGCUCUUGGUGGAGGUGUGGACAAGAGGUCCACAGUGCAGCUGGCCAGCAUUAUAACACUCUGUUCAGCAGGUGGCUUGGGCAUGUGGGCUGCACCCUGAGCAGCACAUGUGUUGCGCCUUCCAAGAUCAUUAUUGGCCACUGAGAGAGAGGCCACUGGCGAGGCUGAGCAAACACAGGGUCAUUGGCUAUUCAGAAAUCCUGGGCUUCGUCCUCUGGACUGGUGUGCUGUGUUCAGGACCCUGAGGAUAGAAGGGAAAGGGCUUUGGUUUCUCAGAGAGACCAUUGGGUCCGAGUGCCGAGCCUGUGACCUGAGAGGCUAAGGGAUGGUGCUGAGGUCCCUGUCACCUCCGUGUCCCAUUUCUUAUUCAUCUAGGUAGAAGUCUUCUCUUGAUUCCAGAUAGUCAAGUGGGGCUGAUUUCCCCAGAAGUGAAGGCUGAGUGGGUAAACAUUGGCAGAUGGCAAAUGCCACUGGCAGAGGGAGCUUGCUGGCACUCCAUCAUGUUUGGCUGGUGUUGCUUUGAGGUUCCCGCCACGUGCUGGCAGUGCUCCUGGCUUAGCACAGCAGGCGGAAUUUCUAGAAAGACAAUAUGUGUGUGUGUGUGUGUGUGUGUGUGUGUGUGUGUGUGUGUGUGUGUAUACUCCCUGCUCACUCACCACAAUGAUUUUAGGAUUGGCAGUGGGAUGGUUUGUCUCCCCACCACUGCCCCUCCAGGCCUUGUCAUCCUGGGCAAUUCAUAGCUGUGACUUUCUGAAAAGCCCCCAUAGGGCAAUGUCCCAACGUUCUGGAGGCUCUUCCCAUCCGCCAGGUGCCAAGCUGGUGUUUGGCUGACCAUCUGGGAACCUUGACAUUUGUGACGUGAUCGGCCCAUUUCUUUUUCUUGUCCUUUCUUGGUAUCCUUGGUGGUUCUGCUGCUGCUCCUAGCCUGCUGCUCAUGUGCAAGUCAACACUGGUGCCAUUCCCCAACCUGCUUGCCUUCUCUGUGGCCACUGACCUCUGGCUCAUCCCACUGUUUGCCUUCUUUUGAGGCCAUGGGUCUCCAUGAUUGUUUGCUUCCCAGGCAGAACUUGGGGACUUGAAAGAUGGCCUUUUGCAGCAGUGAGGAGUUUCUUUGGCAGAGCUUCACUAGGAACAAACACUCUCUCGAGUUCUCUGCACGCUCUUGAGGGGGCUCCAGUGAUGUGGAUGUGAGGGGCCCUCUCCCCUGCUGGUCUCCAUCCCUCAAGGCUCAGCCAGUAAGGACCCAAGUACAGCAGUGGCUGCCAGAUCCCCUUCAUGGCCGGGCAGACAGGGGCAGGUGAUGAGGCAAACCCUCUCUACUUGGGCCCAGGAGGCAGGGUUCAAGUUGUGAGGAGAGCCAGCAGGAGCUGCAGAGUGGGCUGAGAUGAGCAGCAGAAACAGAGCGUCUGAGCUGGGGAAGCCGUGCUUGAGCAGGAAUCCUAAGCGCAGGGAUUGUCAGGGAGCUGACUUGACCUGUCUUCCAAGAGUAGUGUUGGCAAUAGAUAGUAAGGGAGAGAACUCAUUUCCUUUGGCCAUUUGAAGGUGUGCAGGAAGCCCUUGGAAGUCGGAGGUCGCUAAGUAUGAGUGCUGCUAUCCCUAUUGUGUGGCAUUCCCUGGCCCUUCCCUUGCCACCCUGGGCCAGGACAGUGAGGAGCAAAGUCUACCAUUCCCACUUGUAAACUCAGCCAGGGCUUGUAUAGUGGGAGCCUGGUAAGCUUCAGGCCCAACAUCUAUCUCCCAGCAUGUACGGAGGGAAUGAAUGAGUCUGCUCACUCUCUAGCAAGUGAGGUGCCCCCGUCAGUGCUUUGGGAAGACUUUCCAAAAAAGAGGUUCGUUUAUGGAAAUGUCCCUUCUGUUGUAACUCCCUCUCCCAUGCUGUCCUUGUGAUCCUGUGAUCCUCAGUUGGGCCAGCUUUGGUGGCGGGGAGUCUUGGCCAUCUUCACUCUUCCAUUGACAAUAUCCUCUGGCAGUCCAUUCUAGUGGGUCUGCAGCCUGGGGAUUGGGAAUGAUGCCUUUUCCAUGCUCAGGCACUAUCUGCUGCCUCGAAGUUCAGUCUCAAAGCUACACCUUGGGAUAUUGGAUGACAUAUGAUAAUGCUGGGUCGGCUCCUUCAGCUCAAGAUGCUCCAGGUGAACACCUGAGGCUCGAACAUCAGCGCUCCAGGGUGUGGCCGACCACCUUCUACCUUGUGGCAGUGGACUGAAUUCCAAGGCAAGGGCUUAGGAGCUCCAUGCUUUCUGGUCUGGAUGGUGAACCUUGCAAAUCCAACCUCCAACUGAGAGAGGGCCAGUAGCCAUCCCUGCCUGACAUUCGACAUUCUGUUUGCUAGUGAGCCGCAGGCCUGGUGAGGGUGGUAAA